UUUGGGGUGCUGCUGUACACGGGGGACGGAAGGAAACUCAGCCUGGAACUUCUCAAAAGAAACCUCUGGCUGGCUUUUUCGAGGGGCCUUCGUUGGAGAACCAAGUUGGGCCAGCUGGGCUGGAGAAGGGGCGCCUUUGAGGUCUCGCUCUGGACCAGCCCCAACAUGGAGGCCCUUGCUUUGUAUAACUUCCAGGCAUCUGAGAAGGAUGAAUUAGCCUUUAAGAAGGGAGACACGCUGAAGAUUCUGAACAUGGAAGAGGACCAGAACUGGUACAAAGCAGAGCUUUUGGGCCUGGAGGGAUUCGUCCCCAAAAACUACAUCAAAAUGAAACCUUAUCCGUGGUAUUGUGGCAAAAUCUCCCGGCAAGGUGCCGAAAAGGCCCUCCUCAAACAACGGUUCCGGGGCGCGUUUCUCAUCCGGCAGAGCGAAAGCAGCCCAGGGGAUUUCUCCAUCUCUGUGAAUUACGGAGACCAAGUGCUGCACUUCAAAGUCCUCCGGGAAAAAAAGGGCAAGUACCAUCUCUGGGAGGAGAAGUUCAACUCCAUCAAUGAACUGGUGGACUUUUACCGAACCACCACCAUCGCUAAGAAGAGGCAGGUCUUCCUCAGAGACCAUGGAGAAACCGAGGAGCCCAAGAAGCCAACCUUCGUCCAAGCCCAGUUCGACUUCUUGGCCGAGAACCCCUCGCAGCUGAGCUUCAGCAGAGGGGACAUCCUCAAGAUUCUGGACUGCUCUGACCCCCACUGGUGGAGAGGAAAGCUGGGGGUGAAGAUGGGCCUUUUUCCUCGGAACUACGUUUUCCCCCUGCGCAAGUGACCUGCCUGGCUCACUCGGCUGGCGGAAGGGAUCAGCCGUCCCAUCUAAACCUUUUCUUCUCAAUCGAUGCUUUGACUCGCCCUCAACCUGAACCAGGCAAAACUUUCCAUUUUCACACUGCGACCUUAAAAGAGGCCCAUUGCACACCUGGGACGGCCGUUCGAAAGCUGAAACUUUGGGGCUCAUUGCUGGUUGAAAUUCUUUGCAGACCGAUCCCCAUCACUCACCUGGAGCCCAAACAAACCUCUGGAGAUUUCUAAUUAUUUUGCUUUAUAAAACAAUAUAUUUCUAGCAGUAAAACUGCAAUCCAGCUUCAAUCAAAGCGCCAUCCUAAAUCAACCCUUGUUCAAAACUGCCUUAUAGUCCUGCCACCUGAUGCUUUCAAAGAGCUAGAAGCCUUUUCUGAAUUUACGCGCUGGAACGACCUACAGGGAGAAAUCUGAUCCGCUGGGGCUGGUGUUGAGACAAUUCGUCAUAAAUUCCUACCACCCCACAUUUGUAAGGGGGAAAAAACUACAGUUCCUAGCAUCCCUUGACAAGAUGCAUGGACCGCAAACUUCCAGGGCAGAGGUCCCUCCUAGAGAUACCCUGGGAAGCAUGCUGGCUGGGGAAUUCUGGGAGUUGAAGUCUUAAGAGUGACCAAGGUUGAGGAAGACUGCUCUGGAUACCGGCCCCCUCCCACCCCCCCACCCCGGUUGCCCUGGUCUUAGAGCCCCUCUUGACUGCUGCAGAAGAUUUUCUGCAAAUCUUCAGACAUGUCUGGGUGACUGGCUGAGUUUUGAUUUCACACCUUGGCGAAGAGCCUCCAAAGUGAUCCUACGGAUGCCAAAGUGAUUCCCACCAGUGGACCUAUAGACUCAGGAAGCAGAUGGGGAAUUUCCCUCCUGCUUCUUUCUCUUUCUAAGCCUUUCCUCAGCAUUUUGCUGUCCAAUCCAGCUCUCUCUGCUCCGCAGCCCUCUUGGUCAGCUGCCAAGGGCAAGGAAUGAAGGCGCUGAUAAUCAUCCAGCAGGUCACAAAGUCCACCGGACCCCUCCUUGACCUUCUGCUGCCCUCCUAAUCUUUAUGAGACCUGCCCUAAUUCGGGUGUUUGCUCAGCUCCCUGCAGAGGUACUCCCAAAGCGUCUCCCAAAGGACUGCGUAGGGCUGGAACUGUUUUCCACCUGGUGGGACUCCCUUGCUGGGGACCGGCCACCACACAGCCUCUUAAGUGACCUUCAGACCACCCCAGGGGCCCUCCAAGGAGAUGGGACAGCGGCUCUCAUCUUCCUAAGCUGCUCUUCUCUGCCAGAGACACACGUUUCAAAAAGUGAUUUAUUGGGUUUUAUCUUCUGUGCCACUACUUGAAAAGGCGUUGAGUUCUCAGCGGGUAAAGUGGCAACCAGGACCUACAAACUCCUUGCUGCUCAGAACUCUCUCCUGCCCCCAAGUCAUUUCUUUUAUUCCUAGAAAACAAUUCUCCUAGUGAAAUAAAGUUUUCCAUUUAAACCCCC